CACUCGGAAAAGCCCGCCAGUGCAUCACAGCUAGGGUCGCAAUCAUGCCUGCUUCAAAGGGAUCCCGUUCUUCCUCCAAGAAGGCGAAGAAAGGAGGAAGCAAUGUCUUCGAUAUGUUCACCCAGAAGCAGGUGGCGGAGUUCAAGGAAGGCUUCCAGGUGAUGGACCGCGACCGUGACGGCAUCAUCAGCAAGGACGACCUCCGUGGUGUGUACGACGAGAUCGGUCGUAUGGCCAGCGACAAGGACCUGGACGACAUGCUUGCUGACGCCCCCGGCCCCAUCAACUUCACCACCCUCCUCCACAUGUUCGCCUCCCGCUCCUCUGGAGAGUCUGAUGACGACGAUGUUGUCGCCAAGUCUUUCCGCGCCUUCGAGAAGGAGCCCGGCCAGAUCGACUCCGAGCAGUUCCGUGCUAUGCUCAUGGCCUUCGGUGACAAGUUCACCAACGACGAGGUCGACGAUGCCUUUGAGCAGAUGGAUCUCGAUGAGGACACUGGUAUCAUCAACUCCAACGCUCUUAUUGCCAUGCUCUGUGCCGGUGCUGGUGACGAGAAGACCGACGCUGCCUAAAUACACAAAUCCAAGUCCCGGUGUCCGCGCCCGGAAGAAAUGUGGGUGAGCAGUAGCGGAAGCCGACACAAGCAGGGGUUGCUUGCUACCUGUGGCUGUGACACUCAGGCGCUUCUUGGCGACUACUGGCCCCUGCUGCUGCUACUUCCCCCUCUCAUCAGAUUCGCGUCUUCUUGUUCCAUUCAUCACCAACACCCAUAUUUCUUACGGGCCAAGUCACACGCAGGAUAGACACUCGAGGCUGGUCCCUUCGUCCUUACCCUCCUCUGUGAUCCUGCUGUGAGCAACUCCAUCCACAUGAGACCCUUUAAGCGGCGGCUUUCACCACAGGCCUCAAGAUCGGCGUCCACGAGUCCGCAGUGUCUCUUGAAACCAAACACCAAAAGCCAAGUCGGGAGCGGUGAUAGUGACUGACAGUGAAUUGAUUGUGUAGAUUGCCGCCGUGAACCACAUCAGAGAGGGCCUACCGCUCCCUGUGUCGUGUAACAUCGGAACAGUGUAGGAGUGAGACAUCUGUGACUAAAUGUAUGGUGAAGAACGAGGCCCUACAGUGAACCUGUGUGAGGGAGCACGGUGACGUUUACCCCGACUCAAAAUCAAUAUGGUGACGACUUUUACGUGCUGGAGAUGACCAACCAUCUGUUCCUGACGCAGUUGUCGUCUCUCAAGCUGACGGAGUCGGGUCUCUGUCUACUGUUGCUCGAGCAUUUGUAAAUGUUUCAUUUUGUGAAGCAUUGUAUUGGCAUCUGCAAGAUUAUAUUCAAUAAAAUGUUUUACAAUC